AUAUAAAGAAGAGCUGCGCAAUGUCAACAGUAGGCUAGAAACACAGGGGGCAAAACAAAGCACUUAGAAGCGGGGGUGGUUACAUAAUAAGCUAAAUCAGAGGGCUUUCCAAAGAUUUCUCACACAUUUAUUGACUUUGUUUAAGUUAGCGUCAUCGAGUGAGGAUGCCUUUUCUCGGACAGGACUGGAGGUCGCCGGGUCAGAGCUGGGUGAAAACCGAAGAGGGAUGGAAAAAGACAACAACCGACGACAAAAACAACAAUGUCUCCGUGCAGAGCUUCUGCAAAGAGGCCGAGGAGGAGGAGAGUUUUAACAAGGAGAACCUGCUGCUUUCUUUCAGCUAUGACAUGGCUGCCAAGAAGAGGAAAAAAGACUUAAUGAACAACAACACAAAAGUCCCAUAUUUCCACAGGGAAAAAUGGAUUUAUGUUCAUAAAGGAAGCACCAAGGAGCGCCACGGAUAUUGUACACUGGGAGAGGCCUUCAACCGCUUAGAUUUCUGCAGCGCCAUCAAAGACACGAGGAGAUUUAAUUACGUUGUCAGACUCCUGGAGCUUAUUGCCAAGUCCCAGCUCCCCUCACUCAGUGGAGUGGCGCAGAAGAACUACAUGAACAUUCUGGAAAGAGUGGUACAGAAAGUCCUCGAUGACCAGCAGAACGUCCGCCCCAUCAAAGAGCUGCUGCAGACCCUAUAUGUCUCGCUGUGUGGGCUCGUUCAGGACAUGGGCAAGUCUGUGCUGGUGGGGAACAUCAACAUCUGGGUACACCGAAUGGAGAACAUCCUGCAGUGGCAGCAACAGCUGGACAACAUCCAGAUCAAUAGGCCAACAAAUACAGGCAUGACUCUGACUGACCUGCCUGCCAGUCUGCAGCUGAACAUCAUGCACAGUCUUUCUGACGGCAGAGACCUGGUCAGCCUGGGCCAAGUGUGUCCGGAGCUGGGGACCCUCACAGAGGACCGGCUGUUGUGGAAGAAACUCUGCCAGUACCACUUCACAGACAGACAGAUCCGGAAGCGGCUGCUGGUGUCAGAUAAAGGUCACCUGGAGUGGAAAAAAAUGUACUUUAAGCUGAGCCGCUGCUAUCCUCACAGAGAGCAAUACAGCGACACCCUGCACUUCUGCACACACUGCCACAUCCUUUUCUGGAAGGAUAUAAACCACCCCUGCACAGCCAACAACCCAGAAAGCUGCACCAUGUCCCUCUCCCCUCAAGACUUUAUCAAUCUUUUCAAAUUCUGAUCCCUCCCACUCACAGACGCCCCGAAUCCCGAUGAUCGGACUGUACAUACUGCUGUACAUAUUGUUUUCUUUAAUAUCACGAUUCUUGGAUGUAUUUUAGAAGAGACUGGAGAGUGCUGAGGCAGCAGGACAGUUAUGCAAUCAGGUUUCUUUUGAGCGAGCACUGAGAACCCAUCAGAGUGGGUUAACUGUGGAAAGCUAGUGGACGUGACGAAGAGCAGUAGUGAUGUCGAGGAAAUCGGGCUACAUGCGAAGGAAAUGAAGGGAAUACUUAACUGCUGGAGUUCAAUCUUAGUUUAAUGUGUUUUCUGAAAUUACACUUGCAAAGUAAAAGCACCUUUUGAACUUUAGAUUUGAGCACCUUUUUUUGGAUUUUGUUUUUUAUUUUAAUCUUGUAUUUCAGUGGUUUCAGUAAUUGUUCUUCAAAGGAAGAAGAGCGAUUUCUUUAAAGUUGUAUUUGUUAUUGCUCGUAUGGGGAGGUGCAGUGUGCUUGGUGUUUAGAUGGAGUCUGUACUAAUAUUCAUGUUUGGAACUGGGAUGAAGAAAAGUAAAUGUUAGGUUGCAGCGGUACCUAAGAGAAAAUGAAUGUAAGCAUGAGUUGUAAAUAACCGUUUAGACUGGGUUUGACACGUUGACGCACUGUCAUAGUCUUUUCUAUUUUGAUUUCUUUUUCACUUUUAUAAGGAUUUGAUUUUUUUUUCCUGUUGCAGGCGAUACAGCCGCAGCACGUGAGUGCAGUAUUACCAAAGAUUGUUAUCAAAGUCAGUGUAACAGUGGUGUGUGCCUUUAUCAUGAAACUUGAAGCCGUAUAGGUACAGCUUGUGCCUUGUUUGCAAUGCUUUCAGAUCCUAAUGCUGUUUAUUUUUUUUAUUUUUUUAUCAUUUUAAACAUCAAGUGUCUCAUUUACAGAAGGGUUAAGCUCUGAGGCUCUCACACCAAAGUUAACUGUUUGAGAUAUCCCGCAUGACAUCGAGCUGAUUGUGUUUACUUAAUGAGAUUUUUGGCAAGCGGCUCAGCUUGUGCACUUGGGUUUGAAGGAAAAGUGCAGUCUGACCCAGACUCACUUUUUUAUUUUAUUUUUUCACUGAUCAGACAGUGAAGAAUGAUGUACAUGCUAUGCAAUGCAUUCUCUUUAUGUUCUGUUCAAUUAAUAAAAGGGGGGCAAAAAAGCCCUUAAAGCUGG